AUGGUAUCCGGUUCCCUAACUUCUUUAGCAGCAAUGAAUACAAAGACGGUGCUGUUACUUGUUGCAAUUUUGUACAUGAUCAUCAUAACCAGAGGUGACUCUCCAAAACCAAAGACUUUCCGCCAUGACUACGCCACCUACAAAAAUGUUUGCCGGGAAAUGGAUUGGGUGCCAAAGUGUGAUUGUCAUAAGGAAACCAAGAAAGGCAGUGUUGCAUUUUCGGUUUAUCAAUUAGCUGCUAAAAGUUACAAAGAACACGAAACGUUGAUCUAUGAUACAGUUCUCGUUAACGACGGGAAUCAUAUGAGAGGACAACAGGAAUCUUUACCGCACCUUCUGACGGGACAUAUGGGUUUACCUGGGCAACAUUAA